AUGGCGAGGAAUGUAAGAUAAAUAUAAGUCAACUUGUCAAUGAUAAGUGGGAGAUUGUUCAUUGUUGAGAUUAGACAUCGAUAGAUCUUUGAUAAUUUGAUCCGAAUCUAUUAUUGGGCUUUCCCAAGCCACAGAGCACUUUCUCUGGGCACUGUUGCUUAUGAGCCCUGAGCUCUUCAGAGGCCCAAAGUUGAUUGAAGCGGAAGAAAACAGAACGCCGAGCGCUGCGGCCGGCUAUCGGCGGAGUUAAGUGAAGCUAGAGCUUGCGAAGGCAGCAGCAGCAAUGGAGGUUCAACCCAAGAGUUCUCGCAAGGAGAAGAAAGCAAAACGACAAGAGGUUCUGGAAAGGAAGAAGAAAAUCGAUAAAUUGAUACAAACAGCUUCUUCCGAGCACGACCAUCUCUCUUCUUUCCCUCCCUUCCGCCGUUUCGACAGAAAUGGUAAUGGUUCUCGCCCAAUUCCUCUUUGUAAUCGCCGCCCAAUCAUUAUUGAAAGACUUUUUUUAUGCAGGAUUGUGUGUUGCUUUGGAGUCUGGAAAUGGCGAUAAGCUCUCUGCUGUUCUAAAGCAAUACAUUCAGAAUCUCCUCAAAGUAGAACUCGUUCCCAUUCCUACGAAUGAUUGGCUUUCUGGGUUUUUCUUUCAUUGUGAUAAAUAUGAUUCCUUUUCGUUUUGAAUUUGGGAAGGCGAACAUGGAGGGUCCAUUUGGGGAAGAAUGGCCAGAGGAAGAGAAAGUCAAGCGCAGAGAAAUGGUGUCUCCAGAAGCACGUUAUAUCUUCGUUAAGGAAGAAUCCCCUGAGGCUGAUAAUGAUAAAACUGCUGCCUUUGUAGGCUUUGUUCAUUUCAGGUUUACUCUGGAGGAAGAGAUACCUGUUCUCUAUGUUUAUGAGAUUCAGCUCGAGUCUCGUGUUCAAGGCAAAGGCUUGGGGAAGUUCUUGAUGCAACUCGUUGAGCUUAUUGCUCGUAAGAGCUGUAUGAGUGCUGUAGUGUUAACAGUUCAGAAAGCCAAUGUUGCAGCUAUGAAUUUCUACACGAGCAAGUUGAGAUACACAAUAUCAAGCAUUUCACCAUCACGAGUUGAUCCCCUGAUGGGAGCUGAAAAGAGUUAUGAGAUUCUCUGCAAAGCAUUUGAUCGUGAAGCCAAGGUUGCACUGGAGGAGACUGCCUGAGCUGGGAGGAGGAUGCCUCAAGCCUUCAGGCACAAGUCAAAGGUCCCCGUUGAGAGGUUGCACUCGAACGAAUUAAAACCAGACCUCGAUCAUCUCUUCGUUGCCAUGUCAAUAUGUAGUCGUUGUAGAACAAUGAAUUGGUGGAGCCUGAAUCUGGUGAGAACCCUUUACUGAGCAAGCUACAUCAUAUAUGGUUAGCAUAGAAAAGAACAAUUUUGAGCAGCAGCAUGUACACCGUUCAUUUAUUCCGAAAGAGCAAAAGUGUAUGCCUGCAACGAGGAAGAUCGUUCAUUCUUUCGCGAAUGUCGUGCACUCGAGCUGGAAAUGAGAUGAACAUUUCUUUUGUCAAUCAAUAUUCAAUUUCAUUGUUAGGUAAGCUUCCAUGUGAAGCCAGCAGCUAAGACAUCGAAUCAGAACUGGGAUAUAGGCAAGAAUCCUGCUGUUACAUUGUCCUACUCUCAUGCUUAGUCAAUUCAAAUAAUGCUUCAGCUUACUCAAACU